GGUGUGCAGAGUCAUAUAGUUUAAACUGCUCCCCACACCAGCAGGCGCUACUCAGUCUCUCCGACCUCAUAGACGGCCGCAGCGAGAGGACACAGACACAACUACAGACACAACUCCAGACCCGCUGCAGGACUUUAUACCGACAGGCAACAAUGCGUGAAUGCAUCUCUGUGCACGUGGGCCAAUGUGGCGUCCAGAUGGGGAACACCUGCUGGGAGCUCUACUGUCUGGAGCACGGCAUCCAGCCCGACGGCCGUAUGCCGAGCAACAAGGCGGUGGGAGGUCACGACGACUCCUUCACCACCUUCUUCAGCGAGACCGGGGGGGGGAAGUUCGUCCCUAGAGCCAUCUUCGUUGACUUGGAGCCCACAGUCAUCGAUGAGGUGCGCACAGGAACGUACCGCCAGCUCUUCCAUCCCGAGCAGCUGAUCUCGGGAAAGGAAGAUGCAGCCAAUAACUACGCUCGUGGACACUACACCAUCGGCAAGGAGAUCAUUGACUCUGUCAUAGACAGGAUCCGUAAACUGGCUGAUCAGUGCACCGGUCUCCAAGGCUUCCUGGUCUUCCACUCAUUUGGUGGAGGCACUGGCUCAGGUUUCACCUCCCUGCUGAUGGAGAGACUCUCUGUUGACUUUGGCAAAAAGUCUAAGCUGGAGUUUGCCGUCUACCCAGCCCCCCAGGUUUCCACUGCAGUGGUGGAGCCUUACAACUCCAUCUUGACCACUCACACCACCCUGGAGCACUCCGACUGUGCCUUCAUGGUGGACAACGAGGCCAUCUACGACAUCUGCCGCAGGAACCUUGACAUCGAGCGCCCCUCCUACACCAACCUCAACCGGCUCAUCAGCCAGAUUGUGUCUUCAAUCACAGCCUCACUUCGUUUUGACGGAGCCCUGAACGUUGACCUGACGGAGUUCCAGACCAACUUGGUGCCAUACCCUCGUAUCCACUUCCCCCUGGCCACCUAUGCCCCAGUCAUCUCCGCUGAGAAGGCUCACCAUGAGCAGCUGUCAGUUUCUGAGAUCACCAACGCCUGCUUUGAGCCAGCCAAUCAGAUGGUGAAGUGUGAUCCCCGUCAUGGUAAAUACAUGGCCUGCUGUCUGCUGUAUCGUGGCGAUGUGGUGCCCAAAGACGUCAACUCUGCCAUCGCAGCCAUCAAGACCAAACGCAGCAUCCAGUUUGUGGACUGGUGCCCCACAGGCUUCAAGGUUGGCAUCAACUAUCAGCCUCCGACUGCGGUUCCUGGUGGAGACCUGGCCAAGGUGCAGAGGGCCGUGUGCAUGCUGAGCAACACCACCGCCAUCGCUGAGGCCUGGGCCCGUCUGGACCACAAGUUUGACCUCAUGUACGCCAAGAGGGCCUUCGUCCACUGGUAUGUUGGAGAGGGAAUGGAAGAGGGGGAGUUCUCAGAGGCCAGAGAAGACAUGGCUGCCCUGGAGAAGGAUUAUGAAGAGGUGGGCAUCGACUCGUUUGACGAUGAUGAGGAAGGAGAGGAAUAUUGAACAGGCUCAGCUGCCUUUGCCAAAUACUUACAUGCACAAAUUGAGUUGUUAUGAAUGUUAUGUUGGUCCAAAUCUAGAAGUAUUUGGUUAUUUACGUUUUUUCAUUGUAAAAUCUGACUUCAGCCUAAAUGUCUGAAGUGAUAUCUUCCUGUGCCAUGAAAUUAUGUUAUGUUUGAGAUCUGUGCUGUUGCUCAGUUAAUUUUACUCCCACAUAGAUUGCCUUCUGUUUGUUUUUUUAUCGAACAUUAAAUUAAUUUGAAAACUGA